CUAAAAAAAAAAAGCAGCUAAUCAAGUUGUUUUCUUUUUUUUCAUAGUGGUUAGCAGCAUAGCUAAAAACCACGGAGUUCACAUAAAGGAUUUUUGUAAAAAAAAAACAACAAAAUAUUUACAGCAGUUAAUGGAGCAGGUUAUUAAGAAGGAUUGUAAGAAGGCAUGAUGCAAGUAGGUGAUCCUGUUGUUGGUGCAUCCAUGGCAGUUGCUGGUGUUCAGAGUCGGUCAGAGGAUGAAGAACUGCUUGGCCUUAAAGAUGUGAAGAGGGCAUCGACACCAGCAUUUGGUGGUGGUGUUCCCAAACGCAGAAGUUCCUCCAGGUCAAUAAAGAGAAAAAAGUUUGAUGAUGAGCUUGUGGAAAGCAGUCUUAUCAAGUCAUCCACUAGAGUCAAGGGCACUCCUAUCAUAGACUCUAUUCGCUAUUCAGGGAGUGACUUUUCAUCUAGUGAGAAAAAAAAGUUCACAAAAUCUGGAACUGCUCUCACACCGCCACUCACUAUGGUUAUAAACCCAGCACCUAUUGCCAAAAGAAUGAAGAAAAGCAAGCAGCCUCUACAUAUGACUAAAGACUUGGGCCGGUGGAAGCCCACUGAUGACCUGCUCCUUAUAAAUGCAGUGUUGCAGACCACAGACCUGACCUCUGUUCAUUUGGGUGUGAAGUUCAGCUGUCGUUUCACUUUGCGGGAAAUUAAAGAGAGGUGGUAUGCACUCCUGUAUGAUCCAGUCAUCUCAAAGUUGGCAUGGCAGGCCAUGCGACAGCUUCAUCCUGAAGUCAUUGCAGCAAUCCAAAGUAAAGCUCUCUUUAGUCAGGCUGAGGAGCAACUACUAUCCAGGAUUGGUUCAACCAGUCAGCCCAAAUUGGAAGUGUUCCAGGAGCUUCUGAGUAAGCAUCCUGCUGUCUUUCAUUCAUCUCGCACUCCCAAGAGCCUGUUGGUGCACUGGCAACUGAUGAAGCAGUACUACCUUUUGGAUGACCAGAGUGUCCAGCCUCUUCCUAAAGGUGAUCAGGUCCUCAACUUCUCUGAUGCUGAACAGAUGGUUGAUGAUGUAAAGUUAAAGGAGAGUAGGGAUGAAGUGCUGGAGCAUGAGUUGAUGAUUUCUGAUCGUCACCAGAAAAGAGAAAUCAGACAGUUGGAACAGGAGUUGCCACGUUGGCAGGUCCUUGUGGAUAAUAUCACAGGGAUAAGCAUGCCAGACUUUGACAACCAGACAUUGGCAGCAUUAAGAGGACGAAUGGUGCGGUACCUCAUGAGAUCCCGAGAGAUUACCUUGGGUAGGGCGACAAAGGACAAACAGAUAGAUGUAGAUCUGUCACUAGAAGGGCCUGCUUGGAAAAUAUCAAGAAAACAAGGGGUUAUUAAAUUGAAGAAUAACGGAGACUUCUUCAUUGCUAAUGAGGGCAGACGAGCAAUCUACAUAGAUGGCAGACCGGUUUUGUCCGGUAACAAAUGGAAACUAAACAACAACUCAGUGGUGGAGAUUGCAGGUCUUCGCUUUGUGUUUCUAAUUAACCUUGAACUGAUCUCACUAAUCAAAGCUGAAGCAGCCAAGGUGACGCAGCAGUGAGUGUUGAACACCCACAGGAGAAUAAAGGACUCCAGACUGUUCCAGAUGUGCUGAUCCUUCUGUGGCGUAAACGUGGGCAGUAGUCAUUCUUGGGAAGAACAGCACAGUGCUGCCAUGAUGGGACUGAUGACAGCCGUGGUAGCUUGAAAUGUGAAUUUUUUUUUUAAAUGGGUAAUGCCACGAUGGCUAAAUCCUGGUGUACAGUAAAUGUUUGGACUUUUUUUUCUGUGUUGUAAUGUAGUCAGUCACUCAUGGUAGACAAAGAUUGCUUAUCUAGAUUUUUCAUAAUAUUGUAUUUAAAAUCUGUAAUAACAUUUUUUUUGGUCAAAAUAUUAAAGUUGUAUAUACAUGACAUUCUGAAAUCCUUUGAAAUCAGUCUACUAUUAAACACUUAUAAA